CCUAGUGACCAUGUGGCCACUCAGGCUGGGGCCGGCUGGAGGGCUUCAGCACAGCCCACACCAGCCCUCACUGAGAUUCUGGGUACUGGUUUGAAGUCAUGAAACGCCAUCUCAUGGAGCCGAGGGGAGAACAGAAACCAAUCAAUGGGAACACUAUCAACAUGAACAGCCCAGAGUCCAUGGAGGAGAGCACAGGAAUGUGCUGGCCAGGGACCAUGAGAAGGGAUGAGUCAUCUCCGCGUCCAGGACCUGCCUUCCUCCCGGAGGACGACAUCUACUUGGAAGCCCGGGCACAUGGGAUGCUGGGCUGGAGCAGCUCACUAUCAUCUCAGUCGUCCUCGGAGUACCAGUCUUAUUCUCAGUACCAGUCUUGGACUUCCAGCAGGAGCGAGGAGCAGCAGGAUGCCCCACCCGAGAGCGUGUGUGCCCUGUACACCCAUGUGCAGACUGUGCGUGGUGUGGCAGUGGCUUGGGAGACAGAUGAAGGCUUCGAGCCAGUCACCAGGAAGCCCCUCAUCCGUGAGGCUGAGUUCAUCAAGCGACAGCGGCGGAAAGGCUCCUCCUUCGAGAUGGCCUCCAACACAGAUCUGCGCUGGGAGCUGGAAGCCUGUAAGCACUAUUGCCCGCAAACUGAGGACUCUGUGGACUGCUGCUUGCAGGAGCUGCGAGCACCACCAGACUGGCUGGUCACCACCAACCAUGGCCUGCGCUGCGUGGCCUGCUGCAGAGUCUUCCCCACGCUGGAGGCGCUGCUGGACCACGCCCAGCAUGGCAUCCGCGAUGGCUUCAGCUGCCAGAUAUUCUUCGAGGAGAUGCUGGAAAGGAGACGGGCUCGUGAUCGAAGGCAGGACCAACAGCCUAUUGAGGAGGAACAGAGCCCUUCGGACAAUAGUGAAUGUUCCAAGCCCGGUGCCAAGAUGCUGUCCCAGCAACAGCAGCCAGAGCAGCAGCUGCAGCAGCCUCAGCCACAGCAACAGCCACAACCACAACCACAACCACAACCACAGCAGCAGCAGCAGCAGCCGCCACAGCAGCAGCCGCCACAGCAGCAGCAGCCGCUGCAGCAGCAGCAGCAGCAGCAGCAAACACAGCAUUCACAGCAUCCACAGGGGAAGUAG